AUGUCUCAAGCUUCAUGCUGAAUGUCGUCGGCUAGCGCCAGCUAGCUAGCUGUUUCGACCGUCUUUCUUGGUUUCAACGCGGUGUUUCUGCUGUUGAGGCUCUGAGAAUGGCAUCAAAGGGUGAAGCUGAGUUGGAAGGUGCCAAAGCGAGGCGAGACAGUGGACGAAGAAAGAAAGCCAAAGAAGAUGGAGAUGGAAUAAGAGGGGGCGGAGCUGAGAAUAAGACGGGAGGACGAGGAUCAUGGGCUUGGAAGACUAAGACCGAGAAUGCCAAGAAAGUAGAGGCACUCCGAGAAAUUGAACAACUGGAACAAAAGAUCAAUAACCUGGACCGGGAGAAGGGAAUCCAUCUAUACAACAAGCGCAGUGAUUUCCGCAAGUUGUUCUGCUCACUGGAGGAACAAGAACUCAAGCUGAACUCAGACAGGAAAACUGAAAAACUUAAACUACAGCAACAAUUGAAGAAGAUCCGUGGUAGUGUGACCAAGUUCCAACGAGAACUACGUAAUGUCAAACCAACACCUGAAUUUGUUGAGAAACUGAAGGAGAUGAUGGAGAUGAUAGAAUCUGUCCUUAAUGAUUUCAAAGAACAGCAGAAACAAAUCUAUGAAGAUCUGAUGCGUGAAGAGCAGAUGUUGAAUCAAGAGGUGACUGCACUUGAGAAACGUCUGGAGUCAUGGGCACAGGCACCACCCAUCACCAUAGAAACUAAGACAUCUAAACCGAAACCAGUAUCAUCAGCGAGGAAUGUCAUGGCUGAUCUACCUCCAGAGGUGUCAGCAUUUGAAAGGUUUUUGCUGCAGACAGGAGGCCACAGAGGAGGUUGGGAUGAGUAUGACCAUGGCACCUUCCUCAGAAUCAGGAAUAAAUUCAAGGGCAGGGCUACCUUUCUAGACGAGGCAGCUACCUCUAUCCCAGGUCGUAACAUCACUGAGGUACGACAACAUGAAAACUGGUACCAGGAGUACAUGUCUAUGAUAGAGAAGAAGAAAGAUGCUAUACAGAAAUGGAAGAUCAUCAAAGAGGCUCAGAAGGAUGAGUUCUUAACUCAAGUUGCUUUGGAUGACGAUGAGAAGAAACAAGAAGAACAACGGAAGGCACAACUCAGAGCUCACAGAUUGGAAGACGAGAGACGAGAACAGGCUGAAAAAUUGAAUGCAUGGAAGGUCCAGAAGGAACUGAUGAAGGCCAAAGAGGAAGAGAAACAAAUGGAGGUAGAGAUGAGAAAAGCUAAGGAACAUGAAAAGCAGAGGCAAAGACAGGUGAGGAAUUCAAGGGUGCGGCUGGUAUUACCUUGCCCUGGAGGGUAAAGGAAAGGUCACGUUCUUCUUCAGUGGCCUUGUUUUUUGCCUUGAGAUGGGAAACACGGGUAAAAAGUCAUAGGGUGUGGCUAUUUGC